AUCCGUUUAGAUGCAAACCAAGGACAAGUGGGAUUAAGCUGAACGUUACAGCGUGACACUGAAUAUAAAUUGAAAUUUGACUCGGUCAGUAGGAUGAGAGAAAUGCAGCGUUCAACGUGAACCGUUAUUCUAGUAAUAGAAUUACCAGCCGGAUUUGGAUCUUUUUCUAAUCGGUUUUCCGUCUCAUCGCCUGAUUGAGCUGCAAGUAUGGAUGAGGACAAUCAAGUACCUGAGGACCUGUCGUUGGAAGAAAGGGAUGAGCUGACAAAUAUCCGACGCAGGAAAAAAGAACUACUGGACGACAUUGAGCGGUUGAAGUUUGAGAUUGCGGAGGUGAUGACCGAGAUCGAGCAGCUCACCUGUGUUGGAGAGAGCAAAACCACUCAAAGAAACAAACAAAUUGCCAUGGGAAGAAAGAAAUUCAACAUGGAUCCCAAAAAGGGGAUACAGUUUCUGCUAGAGAAUGACCUCCUGCAGCACACGCCUGAAGACAUAGCCCAAUUCCUCUACAAAGGCGAGGGCCUAAACAAAACUGUCAUCGGCGAUUACUUAGGAGAACGGGAUGACUUCAACAUUAAAGUGCUCCAAGCCUUUGUAGAGCUUCAUGAAUUUGCAGAUCUUAAUCUUGUCCAAGCAUUAAGGCAAUUUCUGUGGAGCUUCAGGCUACCAGGUGAGGCACAGAAAAUCGAUAGGAUGAUGGAGGCCUUUGCAUCCCGAUACUGCCAAUGCAACCCUGGAGUCUUCCAGUCCACAGACACGUGUUAUGUGCUGUCCUUUGCCAUCAUCAUGCUGAACACCAGCCUUCACAACCCUAAUGUCAGAGAUAAACCAGCUGUGGAGCGCUUCAUUUCCAUGAACAGAGGCAUAAACGAGGGAGGAGAUUUACCCGAAGAGCUGCUUCGAAAUUUGUACGAGAGCAUUAAAAGUGAACCCUUCAAGAUCCCUGAGGAUGACGGCAACGACCUGACCCACACAUUCUUUAACCCUGACCGAGAAGGAUGGCUGCUCAAGCUAGGAGGAAGAGUAAAAACCUGGAAGAGAAGGUGGUUCAUUUUAACAGACAACUGCUUGUACUACUUUGAGUACACAACGGAUAAAGAGCCACGGGGGAUCAUUCCUCUGGAGAACCUUAGUAUCCGAGAAGUGGACGAGCCGAGGAAACCUAACUGUUUUGAGCUGUACAAUCCCAGCCACAAGGGCCAAGUAAUAAAAGCAUGCAAGACAGAGGCUGAUGGUCGUGUGGUGGAAGGGAACCACGUGGUCUACAGGAUAUCAGCACCAACACCGGAAGAGAAAGAGGAGUGGAUCAAAUCCAUCAAAGCCAGCAUCAGCAGGGAUCCUUUCUACGACAUGCUGGCCACUAGGAAGCGGCGCAUUGCCAACAAGAAGUGAGAUGCGGUACAUACGGUUUCCUGGAACAGCUCAUGAAUAGCCACCUCACAUGAGCCCUUGUGUUAUCGAGCAGGGAUGAUAAACUGUGUCACAUGAGCUGUUCCUUCACCCUUUCACCCCAUCUCUUUCCUCUUCGUGUUGGAGCAAAAAAAGAAAUGAGCACGAGAGUCCAGACAAUUAUGGAUUGUAAUGCUCCUCCUCCAUCAUUGUGUUCUGCAGUUACUAACCGGCCCCUGCUGACGUGAUUAGUAAGAGUAAGAAUCUUGGUGUGGUCGGUUUGGAUUAUGGAAAGAACCUUAUGCCAGCUGGUGGCAGCAGCUUUUAUUCAUUAUUAGACAAAGUGUUUAUUGUGAAAGGUUUUUCUUGCUCUGAUCAAACUGAGAGCUAAAGCGCACUCCAAUCACAAAGACAUUUAUUGUCACUAUGGUGCUGAAUCAGUAUCUGCCUGUGCCAUUCGUUACAGAAAAACAGCAUAAAAAGCUUGAAACGUUUAUGUUGUAAAUGUGGGAAUGCUAUUUUAACAGUAUGUUACAGUCUAAAGUCAGCUGGUCUGAUUUAUUUAAUCUGACAGCAUUAGGAUUAAAUAUGUGGUGCAUUCUUUAAACUUUAUUUUUUAUUAUUAUAAUUUAACUGGUUUCAGUUAUAAUUUCUGAGAGCUGAUUGAAUACCACAAAGCUAAAGGCUUCACUAAACUAAAUAACAUGGGGCAAAUAAGGCCAAUCAACAUGUCUAGGACAUACUCAGGACACAGAGUUGUUUUUGUAGUUUAUUAAAGUUAUGUACACCUAAACCCUGUUAUUAAAUGAAAAUGGAAUUUUCAGACUGCACCUAAAAAUAGACUAGACAGCCAUAUUAAGUAACUGGUCUACCUCCAGGUUGUACUAGUGUGCCAACAUCAGUGCAGUCCUCUGGUUUAAAUCAUGUGUGCAUUUUAUUGUAAUACAUGACUGCAUGCAACAAGAAUCAUGGAUCAUUCAAACCAUGGAAAAGAUCGCAAAGAGAACUUCAAGUGAGGUUUCACCUAAGUAAAAUGGCUCUUAAUUAAUAAAUUAUACAUAUAUAAAGUAAGUAUAUAUAUAAAAACUGUUUCUGUUUUUGUCUUUGUAAAAACACAUAAUGAUGCCCAACCCUGAACAAGCCCAGAACAAGUACUGUAUACAGAUUAAUGAUGUGCCCUAAAAGACUGAAGGAAUAUUAUUAUUAUUAUUAUUAUUAUUAUUAUUAUGUGAGUGAUUUUGGAUAGCUGACUGGGUGAAAUACAGGGUUUGGGUACAUUAUGUUCUAGUGGUUUUAGCCCAGGGCACAUUAAGCCUCACGGUAGCCUUAUGUAUCACUCCUCUCGGAGUAUAUGUGCUGCCCUGGGAUCUCUUGCUUUACUAAUGGAUUAAAUCAUAUGAACAAGAGGAAAUUUAUGUUAGAUCAGCAUUUUCUUUCUGAAAUGUUUAAUGUAAAAGAUAAAAUGUUCACUAAGUGUAUUGAUGUGAUGCAAAUGCAAUUUUCCAUUAGCUAAAACUUGCUUGCUUUUA